AUGCUGCCUAAAUGGAGGAACGGUACACCUAAACCGCUCUCCUCCCUUUCGUCCCGGACCCGUCCGACCCCACGCACUCUCCUCAUCCUCACCCUCACACUCCUCAUCGGGCUCUACUUCCUCCUCUCCUCCUCCGACCACAAUGCUCGGACAGGCCGCUCCACCUCUCACUUCGUCAUCCCUUCCAAAAAGUUCCUCCCUCCCCCUGCUCAGCCCGCUCGCCCGGACUAUCUCCCACCGCCCCUCACGCCAAAGAAGAAGGGCAUGGUAGUGCCUAACAGCCUGCACUACAUUUAUGGCCUGAAACCUCUUCCUGCGGGACAGAAAGGGGAGGAGCUGCCGUACUAUGCGUAUUUGGCGAUAAGGAGCGCUUUGAUACAUCUUGAGCCGGAGAAGAUAUACUUUCACUAUGAGCACCUCCCGACUGGACCAUGGUGGGACUUACUGGAGCCACGGUUCACCCUCAUCCGAACCCAAGCGCCAGAAACGAUCAUGGGCAACCAUAUAUCUCACUUUGCGCACAAGGCGGACGUACUGAGGCUGCUGGCCAUGCGGCACUCUGGGGGUAUCUACCUCGACAUCGACAUGUUUGUGACCAAGUCAUUCGACGACCUGCUAUACUUCCCCACUACGCUCGGUAUGGAAUCCGCCACGGACUCCCGCCGGGACGUGCUCGACCCCGAGGGUCUCUGCAACGCAGUAAUCAUCUCUGAGCCACACUCGCCAUUCAUAGACCGCUGGAUUGCAUCUUACGAGACCUUCACUAAAGACGUCUGGGCCGGACACAGCGUCGUCAAGCCCUGGGAGAUAGCACGGCGAUACCCCGACGAAGUCCAAGUGCUGUCACAACGAGCCUUCUUCUGGCCGAUGUGGUACGGCGAGGAGAUACAGUAUACGCAUGAGAAGGAUGAUUACGAUUUCUACAAAACAGGACAAUACGCAUAUCACGCAUGGGAGACAUUAGCUAUGAAGUAUCUAGAAGAACUAUCUCCGAAGAGCAUACGAGAGGAAAAUAAUAGCUUUAAUCGGAUGGUCAGACCAUUCAUCGGCCCGGAGGAUGACGUUGUAUACGAAAAGUGGGCGAGCUCAAAACGAGGUCGAUCUGCAUGA